GUGGAUGGGGGAGGCCUCGCCGGCCGGCAGAUCCUGGCGGCAUCGAGUGUCAGCGAGUGGGCGGCGCACGCCCGUCUGGACGGCCUGUUGGUUCGGCCGGGCCCAAACAUGGCCUUUGGAAGGAAGAAAACAGCAGCACUCGGGGUAGCCAGGAUCCAAGUCCACGUGGCUGGCACUCGGAGACUUUCUGGGCCUGUCCUUACUUGGGGACCGGCUGGUUUCCAUGGCAAUCCCCACACCGUUGUCAGAGCCGGAGAGGCCCUCGGGAGGCACCUGGCCCAGCCACCAUGGGGGCUCUGGGUGAGAGCCUCUGUCUGUGGGGCCUGCUGGGACCUGGCAGGACUAAUUCGGGACAGCAGCCACGGGGUCCCUUCCAGAACAAGAUCAGCGAUGUCUGCUCCUCCCCAAACGCCUUGCUGGCUGCUCGCAGCUCACAGGACAGCGUCCAAACCCUUGGCCUGCAGCAAGGCCCGGCACACGCUCGGCUUCAUCCCUGUCUGCUGCCCAAGCCACGUCCCAACAUCUCCGGGCCUGGGCCCCCGCCGUGUCCUUUGCCUAGAAUGCUGUCCCCAGACCCAUCAGUCAAAUUUCUGCUCCAACAUCCCCUCCUCCAGGAAGCCUUCCCGGACUCCCUCUGACGAGGCUGCCAGAGUGCAGCACUAGGUGUAGCAUGUCUGCUGCCACGACUUCCUCCCUGAUCGUUCUGGGGGCUCCUGGAGGGUAGGGGCAGGGUCUGACUGGUCCUUAUUGGGGCCUGUCGUGAACACAGCUCAGUCCUCCACCCCCGCCUCUGCACAGCCCUACACCCUACAGAACCCUCCGGCAGGACUCUGCUAGAAGCCCAGACAGGCAACAGAUGUUGCCAAGGAGGUGCUGGACUCCGGUGUGCGAGGGUGGAGACAGCUGCAGGCCCAGGGGCAGGAGCUCACACCUGGGGGCCCGACCCCAGCCCAGGACCAUGCUGAGAAGCCCUCAGUGCCCACAGCAGCCCCAGCAGGGGCAGAAAUUCCCUGGGCAUCAGUUUCCCCACCUUUAAAAUGGGUCCAUUCACCCCAUCCCAGCCCCUUUGGCUCAUGCCCCUUCAAUCAGUGUUUCUGGGGGACCCAGGGAGCAGAGGUGACAAGGAGCCAGAUGACCACUCCGAUCUUUACCCGCUGUGUGACUUCAGGCAAGCCACGUAACCUCUCUGGGCCUUCAUUUCCCCUUCUGUAGACUGGGAAUAACACUCAUCUCAUUCCCUUUCUGGGGGAUUAAAAGACAUACUAUAUGCAAAGUGCCUUUGCAAAGGGCUGACACAGGGUAAGUUCUCAAGAAACAACAGUAACAGUAGCAACGGUGCAACUGGGGCAGUUCUGGUGCCAGAGUGAGGGCUUCCUGGCCACUCCACAGCCCAACUCAACGCAGGUCGGGAAACUGAGGCCCAGAGAGAGGAAGGGAGCACCUGCCAUUUGCCCCGUCUCACUGUGUUCCUGUUCUCACUGCAGCAAUCAGGAACCCGCCCGUUCCUUAAUCUCCACGGAAACGGUACCCGCGGGUGUGCAACGCAGACUCUGCAGACGGUGAUGGUGCGGGAGCCGACUCAACCGGCCUGUGCCGACCCACCGUGCAGAUGGGGAAAUGGAGGCCCAGAGAAGCGAAGAGACUUGCCCCCGGCCACAUGCGCCAGGUGCUUCCUGCCUGCCCGACUUGCUCAGGAGGCUGCCCCAGCCAGCCCCGGACCCCACAUUAUGGCUCGGCCUCUGCAGACGCCCCGCCGGCCUCAGCCAUUCCGGGGCUGAGCCACCGCAGGGGCGUUGGUGCGAAGGGCCCAGCGGAGAGGGACCCCGGGACUCCCGGCAGAGCUCACAGCCAGCCAGCCGGGCUGCGCACCGCGCUCCCGCCAGCCAGCUGUGUGGCUCAGGGCGAGUAACAUCCGCCCCCAGAGCUCAGUUUCCCCAUGCGUCACCUGGAACAGCGACAGCGCCUGACGAGGGGCGUCCACGAGACCCAACGCGCAGGGGCCUGCGCAGUGCCCCCAGCGCGCUGCCCAGCUGGCGCGCGCAGCGCUGGUGUCUACUGGGCCCGAGCCGGCCCGCUCGCUCCUCACGCCACUCACGGUUGCCAGACACCCGCGGGCCGGACCCCUCAGCCCGACCCCAGGCCCCUCUGCCAUCUCAGCCCGCCGUCCCGCCUCUGAGCACUGCCGGGCGGGCGGGCAGCCCCAGACGCACCCUCGCCGCUGCCCUGUGGAUCUGCUCUCCUCCAAGGGCCGGCGCUCCUCUCCCAGGGCUCCCUGCCGGGCGGCCGGGCCAGAAACUGAGCACACUUCUCCCUCCUCGCUUCACCUCCACCUGCCACUCCCUGGGCACUGCAUGUAAGGCUUCAGCCUCCCCGCGUCCCUGGAGGGAGGCACUGGCCCUGCUUUCUAAUGAGAAAGCACAAGGCCCAGAGAGGGCAGAUGGCUGGUCUUGGGUCACUCAGCCCAUAAGCAGAACAGGACUCAGCGUCACCCCUGGGAGACAGGCUGACACCGUCUCCUGGCCCAAGCCCCAUCUGUCUCUCCCGGCUAGAAGGUCAUCCCGGCCAGCCUUGCCGGGACCGCCCCUCCUAAAUCCCACCGAACGAGCGUCCCUGCUGGCACCCUUGGCUGUGGGGAGUUCACUCCCUGUCCCCAGCCCAAACCCGAAUGUAAACUCCUUCUCGAAAGCUCUCUCCCUCCACCCCCACCUGGCAUCUAAGCCCUUAAAUUGGUACAAAAAAUGCCUUCUUGACGACGUGCACCCACCCACCGCAUGCCAGUUAAAAACUGCUUUUUUUCUACCUUUACUAUAAAAAGAUACCUAGAAAAAGCAGCAUUGACAUUUGCCUGUCACUUUUCCUUUUGUUUUAGAAAU